UUUUCAGUACCGAUCUGGUUUCAGUCAUGUUAGCAUGGAGCGGCGUUACCAUCUUCACAACAGCCCCUACCUCGCCAACAACCCUUAUCUGAACAGUUUCGGAAGCAGAUAUGCGACGAAACCACAAGGCGUUCAACUAUGGGGAUCGCACCAGCCGAGGGAGCAACACAUCUCUUGCACCCUUCCAACAAUCCUUGUGCUCGUCCUCGUCAUCCUCGGCGUCCUCGCUAUCGCAGGACUCGCCAUAUACAUGGCGGCGCUUCGUUUAGAGCCUGUUCAAUCAUACUUAGUUUUUGAUGGAAGUAUGAGGGUAUUGGGAGAUAGGUAUAAUAAUAAUUUAGCAAAUAAAACAAGCAGUUUCUAUGCAGAAAAAUCCAAGAAAUACCAAACUCUGCUUGAAGCUGUAUACGCAGCAAGCCUUUUAGGCGCUUCUGUACAGGAAAUAAUUGUUAACAGUUUUGCCAACGGAAGUCUCAUUAUUUUCUUUAGAGUUAUACUCAAUAGAAAGUUUAUUCCCAAGCCAGUAAGUAGUAUUGAAGAUACUUUAAAAACUGUGAUAUUACAAGAAGCUUCAUCGCCUUUAAGUGUUUUAAAUGAACUUAAAAUUGAUCCUAAAGAAUUAAUAAUUAAAAGAGUUCUCGACCAACCAAAGCCUUUUGUGAUGAAUGAAGACUUCAGCUUGAACCGGCCCUUAGCGAAAAAAAUUCUCGAGAAAAGCUCUGCCCCAGAAUUAAAAAUAAGUCGUGCUCCAGUUACAACUGAAACAAACUGGCCAACAGUGACUGGAGAUGCGAAUGUCAAGACACUCCCUAGUCAUAUGAUUCAAGGUACAUACACUGUAACAAGCAACGAGCCCAAAUUAAAGAAGAAAGAUGAUAUGUCUGUUGUAACUCCUUCAUUGACUCUCACGACGAAAAAAUUGAGAUCGACUACUGAAACCCCUGACAUUCGUUUUGGUAUGCGCCACAGCCCGGCUUUGAAACAAUAUCUACAGCACAGCAGUGAAAAAGAAUCAACAACAAAACCAACAACCGUAAGACCAACUACCUCCAAACCGACGACAAAAAUUAUUAAAGAAGCUGUAAAGCCCAGUACACAUUUCUCUGAUGAACCAUGGAUGCCUAUGAUGCCGAAUGAAGAAAAAAGAAACUUUCGUGAGACAGUGGAUUUCGACUAUGGCGUCGGAGAGGCUGAAGUAAUAGAAACAGCAGACCCCUCAAGUAAACAUCCUUCAAUACCACGGAUGAAGAACAAGCCACAUUCAAUACCCGCUAUAAUAGAAGAAGUUCAAAUCUCAAAAUCUCCAACCGAAGAGCCCAAAACAACCCCUCGUAUUGAAAAAGUCAAUAAACCUAAAAUAGUUUUCAGAUCCGAUUUGAUGUCUGAACAGAAAUCCAUGCCAGAACUUUCAAUACUACAACAAUUCCAUGAUCUCGAUACUCUUUUAAGGAAUUAUAAUACCAAGAAACCAACGACGGUGAAACCGCCAGAUGUGAAAACACCAGAAAUUGAUAAAUUAUCACCAUCGCAACCAUCAGUUGUCACCCUUCUUCCGGUCAGGUCUAAUGUUGGUGUAGGAGGACCGUUAAGACCACGGCCCAAAUUAACCACCACGCCAACAAUGAAAGUGCUAACAACUCCAGAAAGUACAGAUACAAAGGCUGAGCUUUCAAUUUCUAAUCCUCUACAUUCAACAACAAGAGAAACAAUGCCGACAAAUAAACAACCUUCAGAGAAAAUAUUUAUUGAUCAAAAUUCGGACUUGGUAGCCAUACCCUUACAAAAAUACUUUGCAACAACUAAACCAAUUCUGCACACAACAAAUCAUACAACCCAUGAAAAUAUUACAUCUCACAAACCAAAACCAACAAGCAAGUCCAUGUCAUAUGUAACUGAAAAUUUGAAAGAAAUUGCUAUAGUAACAACUAACGAUGAUGAUAUAGCAUCAAAGAGAGAGAUAAGGCAAAGUUCUAAACAGGGUCAUAACAGGAAAGCAAAAAUGCCAGCAUUUUUUCGACCAAAUAGAGAAAAUCUAGAAAAUGAAAUGAAACUGGAUAUUGAAGAAAUUUUCCAAAAUUUAACAACCACUUCAAGAUCGGUUAGCGACAAAAACAAUUCAAAAGAAGCCAGCUUUCAGAAAAUAGAUUUCACCAUGCCGAAUUCUUCCUUCAACAAUCCUUUCAACUUGAACAAAACGCAGUUUCUUUUGAAUAAACUGGCUAAACUGCAGAUUGCGAGCAACGAGAGCCGAAACAACACAAAGUAUAAUAGGGACAAAGUUUCAAACAAAGCUGUCGCAACGAGUCAUGCUGGAAAUGUUCCAUUCCGUCUUUUAACGAAGGUUUUCAACAAGUCACAAACAAUGCCAAAGCCUGAUACAAGCACUUCUGAAAAGACACUGUUUGAAUCGACAGGCUGCAUCCAAAACAACACUUUUCUAUGUGGGUCUGGUGAAUGUCUUCCAAACCAUUUGAAAUGCAAUAAGCUCAUGGACUGCAGGGACGGUUCUGAUGAAAAAAAUUGCACCUGUGCAGAUUUUUUAAGAAAUCAGUAUCACACGAGAAAAAUAUGCGAUGGAAUUUAUGACUGUUGGGAUUAUUCUGACGAGCAAGGAUGUGACUGGUGCUCCCCCGGUCAACAUAUGUGUGCUAAUUCAAGAAUGUGCAUUGACCCAAGCCAAGUGUGUGACGGUUUUCCUCAAUGCCCUUAUGGUGAUGACGAGAAAAACUGCAUCACCGUCGCCCAGUCACUUGAGACUGCCAAUAACAAGGACUACUACCCGAAUGGCUACCUGAUGGUCAAAAAGGAGGGCGAAUGGGGUAAAAUGUGCCUACAAAAUUUUGACAAUGUGAUAUCCAAGUCGAAAACGGACUGGAGCCUCCAAGAUCUGGGACAGUCCGUUUGCAAGACACUUUCCUAUAAAAAUUUCGAUGGGAUUACAAGGCAGAAAGAUGUCACACCGAGGAAUAUGGCCAAAGCACCCGUAUAUUACGAGCUGGCUUUAUCCAACGACAGAAAUGACUCUUACAACAGCAAAAGAUCAGCAAGUUUUUUUAGAGAGAAAUUCGCUUUUCAAAAAACCACUUGUAUUGAAAAAGAAGUGGCCCAGGUUGCUUGCAGUAAUCUAGAAUGUGGAAUUAGACCGGAAGCAAACAUCCCUUGGACAAAUGAAAGAAGGUCAAGAAUCGUCGGAGGAGGAAACGCUGGUCCUGGAUCAUGGCCAUGGCAAGCCGCUCUUUACAAAGAGGGCGAAUUUCAAUGCGGGGCAACCCUAAUAUCUGAAACUUGGUUACUUUCUGCAGGGCACUGUUUUUACAAUGCUCAAAAUGAUUACUGGGUAGCAAGGAUGGGAGCAUUGAGAAGAGAGACACCUCCCGCUCCUUACGAGCAGCUCAGGCCAAUAACAAAAGUCGUACUCCAUCCGGAGUACGAAGACCAAGGGUUUAUCAACGACAUAUCGCUACUUCGUAUGAAUGAGCCUAUUGUAUUAACAAGUUUUGUCCGGCCUAUUUGCCUUCCUGAAGAAAACAAAGAACCUCGAGAUGGUGCUAUGUGCACUGUCGUAGGCUGGGGCCAGCUCUAUGAAAUCGGAAGGGUUUUUCCGGACACCCUUCAAGAGGUUCAACUCCCAGUUAUUUCAACAGCGGAAUGUAGGAAGCGUACUAUUUUUCUACCACUGUAUAAGGUCACAGAUAAUAUGUUCUGCGCUGGAUAUGAAAGAGGAGGGAGAGAUGCCUGCUUGGGAGAUUCUGGAGGCCCUCUUAUGUGUCAGGAAAGUGAUGGCAGGUGGACAUUGACAGGAGUUACGAGUAACGGAUACGGUUGUGCAAGAGCGAACCGUCCAGGUGUUUAUACUAAGGUAGUCAACUACCUACCCUGGGUUAGAGAGACACUACUCAUCAUCGAUGAGAUAUCUUCCCCUCCUGUUUGCCAUGGUCAUAGAUGUCCGCUUGGCGAAUGCCUUCCACCUGCGAGACUAUGCAAUGGCUACAUUGAAUGUCGUGACAGCAGUGAUGAAUCUGGGUGUUGGUAGCCCAGACUUUAUCGUAUUUAUCAUUUAUUUAUUGACCUAGAGGUUUUAAGUAUAUUGUUCUGUGAUCUUCUUAAAAGAAAAGUGUUUUAUUUUUCUUCUUUUUUGUUUUGAAGCUUUGUUUUUGCGAUUUGGACAGGGACAGGAACACCUGUCCAACUUGCAACUUUGCUUCAUUUUAUACGAUAACGGUACUUUUCCUGUUUAUCGCAAUUUUGUACAUUUUAGUUUUUUAUUUAUCAUCA